GAAGAGAUAAAAAAAAAGGGUUUUGGUUAGUUAUCCCUAUUUACAAAGUAAUCCCUUAUUACUUUGUUUUGGUUGUCCAAAAAGUGGAGAAUCACACCAGCGUCUUCGUCUUCCAUCAAACUCCUCUCUCUCCCUCUAAUCGAAUUGCGCCAAAGUAGGAAAAAGAAUGGUGUCUGGGUUAAUAAACGAGAACCCAACUGUGUACGAGAGGAAGGAGCGUCGUGUUCGCACCGAUUCCACCAACACCGAUGAGUUUUCCGUAGAACCUAUCGAUCAGCUCGAGAUUUUUGAUCAUAUAAGAGACAUAAGAGAUCCAGAGCAUCCUUAUUCUCUUGAACAACUCAAAGUUCUUACUGAAGACUCUGUUGAAGUCGAUGACCACAAGAGUUAUGUUAGGGUUACAUUCACUCCAACGGUGGAACAUUGUAGCAUGGCAACCAUUAUUGGUCUUUCUGUCCGCGUUAAACUUAUGCGCAGCCUUCCUCCUCGUUACAAGAUUGAUAUAAGGGUAGCACCCGGUUCUCAUGCAACAGAGGCUGCACUCAAUAAGCAACUAAACGACAAGGAGCGUGUAGCGGCUGCACUAGAGAAUCCAAACCUCGUGGAGAUGGUUGAUGAAUGUCUAUCUCCAUCGUUUGAGUGAUGCUUGAUGCUCUCAACGUACACUAUAUCAUAAUAUGUCUCUGUUUUUGUCCGCGAAGAUUUUGAUUCACUAGGACUUUGUGCUCAGUUUCGAUCCUGUUAAAGACAGAAUUUAUUCACAGAACAAGAUAUUGAUUUUGUCUCGUUGUUUCCAUCUUAAAUCACAUUCCUUUCACUA